AUGGCACCCAUGGACAACGCCCUCCCGCUCAUUGACUUCAGCGGCUACAUUGGUCCCAAUGCCACCGCUGAGAGCAAGGCGAAAGUGAUUGCGGAGGUGUCGGCGGCGUGCUCGCGAUAUGGCUUCUUCCAGCUCUCAAACCAUGGCGUGCCUCUGGUAUUGCAGAAGGCGCAUCUCCAAGCGCUGAGCAAUUUCUUCAGUCUGCCAAAGGAAGAGAAGAUGAAGCUUUCAUUCCUCAAAGAUCCUUGCAGACGUGGCUACGAGUCUUCUGGUGACUCGCUGCGCGAUGGAGACCCGCUCCCAGACUCCAAGGAGUCCUUUUAUAUCGGACGUGAAGACCCAUUCGAGCCUCCUGGUUUCUAUGGUCCCAACGUCUGGCCUGACCUUCCCGAGGAAGAUUUCCAUGGCMCGGUUUGGGAGUACUACCAGACGACUGGCAAGCUCGGCAGGACGAUUUGGGAGGUCCUACUCCAAGGUCUCGGGUACCCCGUGGAAAUGCUGAACGUGUUCGCCAAGCGUCCGAUUGUGCAGAUGAAGAACAUUCGCUAUCCUCCCAUGAAGGAUGCGGUGGAGGGUCAGUUCGGAGUGGGCGCACACACAGACUUUGGCGGCGUUACCGUGCUGCUGCAACAGGCUGGCAAGGAGGGAUUGGAGGUGUUUGAUACCGAGGCUGGUGAAGCCGGCGAGUGGCUUUCGGUACCUGCAAUCGAAGACGUUUACGUUAUCAACAUGGGUGACAUGGUGGCCAAGUGGUCCGGUGGACGCUUCAAGAGCGCAAAGCACAGAGUCACCCACAAGAUUGAUUCCGAAAGAUUGUCCUGUGCCACAUUCUGGCACGGCGACUCCAACGCCACCAACCCAUUGAACCCAGACGAUCCCGACCGCUCGACGGUAGGAAAGCUCCUAUUGAACAGGUUCAGAAACCAGUUCACCCUUCCAAAGGAAGUCGAUGUGGCGUCGUAA